AUGGAGCACGUCGCCGCAGGUGAGGAAAGGAUUGUCAGCGAAAGACUGAGGAGGAGGCUGGAGGAAGUGAACAUCACGGCGCGGGAUCAGCUCUCCCCGAUCCAAGACCACGUCAACUUCACGCUCCAGGUGCACUUUUCUUCCAAUGCUGGAGUGUCCUUGGAUUCCCUCUAUUCAUGUAGUUUUGAACACGGCGAGGCGUUUCUUUCUGUGUGUUUUUCUUUUGGAGUUAGUGGGAGAACUGUGAUUCUAUUACAGAUCCUUAGGGAAUCCUCUUUGAUGGUUUUGCAGAAAGCGUACUUCAAGUGUGCGUAUGAAUGCUUCGACAGGAAGAGACGGCAGGAGGACAUAAAUAACUGUGUCGAAUACUGCAGCGUUCCGGUUCUCAAUGCCAACAAUCUCGUUGAAACCGAGAUGGAAAAGUUCCAGGUAUUUUUAUGUUUAUUUUUGGCAAAAAUCUACCGCUCGCUUAGUUCAGGUAAGAGCUUGCCUCAGUGGCAUCUUGUUGGAUAUUGAUAUUCAUUUCUGCUCAAAGCAAAUGGAGAGAUGUAUGUAUCAAUCGUUUCCGGUUAGAUUCCGUGAAAUAUUUCUUCGUCCAUGAGAAACAUUCAUAAUUAUUAUGUCUGAUUCAUUUAGAGUCAAUUUCACAUAGAACUCAGUUGCUAAAGAAUUUCUGAGCUUUUUCUUGUUCAAGCAUAUGAACAGUGUUGGGAUCCAGUAGAGAACCAGAACGCUAUUACUGAAGGAUGGAACUCCGAUAGAGUACUGUUGUUACCUAUGAUACGGUCCUCUGUAUAAGUUUGUCACUUUUUAGAAUGUGUCAAUACAUCGUUUAUCAAUUUUUUCAUCCUUAGGGAGAAACUGGGAAGGAGAAUGACUUCUUAAAAGUUUGUUUUGAAGAAAUAUGAACUGUCGGUAAGGUCUCCCCAACUAAGACCGGAAAAAACUCCUUGCCCUUGAACAUAGCGUGGAUUUGUCUUUGACUUUAUCCUCAUUUCCUCCCUAAUUUCCUUUCGAUCUAAUCAUCUUUAGCGGGUGAGGAUCGUCAUUUCCUGCAUCCUACAAAAUUGGAUUGUAACAGAAUGCAAACUGCUAAAUCUAAUUGCAUCCCCAUGACGCAGCUUCUUUAUGGAAUUCCCGGAGAAGUCAACAAUGGAGUAUUCCGGAGAAGUCAUUUGGAUGAUAGUUGCAAAGUUUAGCUUUAUUUAUGGACCAGAGUGAUUGCCAUGGAAAACUGUUUAUCAUAGGGUAUUGAGGAGGAGUGCAGCUGCAAUCCAAAGUGACCAAACUGAUUAAUAUGGGGAAAGCAAGUCUAUCCCUCUUGUAAAUUUUAAUACCUUUGAGUCGUUUAUGGUGAAGUUGAUUGAUUUUCGUGGUGUAUGAUGGAAAAUCUUGGAAUAAUAGAUCCUUCACUGACGGAAAAUUCUUCAGAUACGAGGAAAAUGGAUUUAAAAUAUUUUACAAAGAUAUUUGGAUAAAAUGCCAAAGUGGUGAGGAGAGCAUUGUGUCGUCUUUUUCCUGCAUAAAAAAUUUCAUUUUCUGUCUCAAAUCUUCCAAUGUUAAGAACGUUGAUGACCGAUUUCUUCAUGAAAACCAAAUUUAUGUGCAUUAUUACAUUGAAAUAUUUUGAGCGUUGUCCUAUUGCACAAGUGCAUUAUUACUUCAUUUUCUUGUCAGUUCAAACAUCAGAAAAACACCCAAAUGUAGUAUAAGAUUUGCUGAAAUACAUUAUGAUACUGAAAAGAAGAAGAAUGAUUUUAUUUUUUCCUGGCCUCCUGAACACUAGCUAAUAUGGCCCAAGUGUUGCAACACUACCAAGCAACUAUACAAGCAACCAUGGCAACUCAGGGAAAACACAUAGAUAACUACAUCACUUUAGUUCCAAAUAUCUCCUCAGACCUCAUUUCUUCUUCUGGUUUAUUUCUGGUUUCUGUUGCUUCUUUUCUUCACUGGCUGUGGAGAGGCAGAAGUAAUGCGCUAGCCUUCAUGUUGCGGAGAGAAGGGGGGAGAGGAGGUUGGACAUCAGUCCAUAUAUCUUCCUCCGACUGGUGAGAGCCAUGAGGCCAUCCGCUAUCAGUUGUCCCUCAAAGACAAUGAUGGAUAUAAGUCCUUCCGUUGAGAGCCCCAGUGUGCACUAUUACUGGGUAGAGAAGUAAUGCUGCAUUGGUAGAACUAAGCUGAUCAUCUGGAGAUGGUCUAAUUGCUUGGGCGAAAUUAGAACAGCCAACUCUUAAAACCCCAAAGCAGGACCCAUUUUAUUAUUUAAAGAUAAGAUAUACCGAAAGUGAUACAUGGUGACAGUUUAUUUAUGCAGCUAUUACCAUCUCCUUUUUUCUCUCAGUUCGAACCUAUUAUGGCAGCUAAACCAUUCAUUUAUAUCUUUAGAUCAGUAAGCAGAGGAUUCAGUACAUCUAUACUUCUAUCAUUCCUCAGGAGCGCCUCCAACGAGCCUUGAUUGUAUGCCAAGACAAGUUUGAGGCUGCCAAGCUUCAGCAGACCAAGGCAGCCGCCAUGGGGAGCUUGGAGUCCUGCGUUGACCGAGCCAUUAAUGAAAGUAUUCAGGUCUUACCUCUCGUGGUUGACCGUUUAAGGUCUGCCCUCUCCCUGAGUGGACCUUGA